CUUUAUCAUGACUUUACAUUACAUUACCGUUCGCUAUGCCAUCGCAUUGCACUGCAUGCAACUGUUCAAACAACAGUAAUCAAGGCUAUGCACUGGUCAGGUAUCCGCACGAUGAGUCAUUAAAACAAAAAUGGAUUGCUGCGGUUGGAAGAGGCAAGAACUGGUCACCUAGUAGUUCUCAAAAACUUUGCGAGGUACAUUUUGAGCCAUCGCAAAUUGAAUUUGUUGCUGGGCGUAAACGAGUAAAACUAGGUUCAGUUCCUUCUCGUUUUUGUACGUGUCUUUUACAGGAUCGAAAGAACUGUCCGAGGAAUAGUUUCAUUGCACAAUUACCUCUAAACGAGCAACCAUCAAGAAGAAGUAAGCAAUUUAAAAAUGUGCCUAGAAAUCAUUGUGAUCACACAUAUAGUAAGUCAAACCAGCGAAAGCUACUAACACCAUUAACUAUUAAUAAUAUAUCCAAUGGAAAGACAUAUCUAAGAAAAAAAAGGGGAUACUUGAUUCAACAUCAAUGUGGUUGUGUACAGACUGUAAAACCAUUAACCAAAGAAGAUAUACAAACUAUUGCAAAAUCUCAAGAAAUUGUAGAACAAAUAGACGAAAUGCAGUCAAUGGAUGAGAAUAAGGAUUUACUGAAGAGCAUUAUAGAUGAAAAUAAACAGUUGCAGAAUAAGAUGAAAGGAACUAUGGAAGUAAUAGUAAAAAUAGACAAGACUGAAGAAAUUGAUAUAAAAGAUGAGAAUAAGGAUUUACUGAGGAGCAUCAUAGAUGAAAAUGAACAGUUGCAGAAUAGUAUAAAAGAGACUGUGGAAGACGUAGUAAAAGUAGAGAAGAUUGAAGAGAUUGAUAUAAAAGAUGAGAAUAAUGAUAUACUGAGGAGCAUUAUCGAUGAAAAUGGACAGUUGCGGAAUAAGAUAAAAGGAACUGUGGAACAAGUAGUAAAAGUAGAUAAGAAGACUGAAGAGAUUGAUGUAAAAAAUAGAAAGUUAUACGAAGAAAAUUAUGAACUAAAAAAUUAAAAUAUUAAAUAAACGUGUGCAACUUAUGCAAGAAAUGUUGGCUCAGAAUGGACAGCUUUAAAAACUGGGCUGAAAGAAACUAUUAGAAAUUUAUAGAAUGUUUCAAAAUAAACAUUUCUAAAAGCAUUGGGCAUGCGUUUUACUUGGGAUUAAAACUCUUAGUUGAUAAGUUUAAUUCAGUAAAACAAACAGUCGCAAUCGUAAUAAACUAUUAAUUGAUUUGAAAUGAUGAAACUGUGUGCAAUGCAUAUGCCUUUAGAGCAAAUAAUUUGUUUUAUAAACUAUUAUAAAACAAUGUAUAAAAAAUUAUUAUCAAAGUCCUUAAUUUAUUGCAGUAUAUAUACAGGGUGUCCUAAAAAAAAAAGCCAAAAUUUAGGGAGAUAUUUCUCACACCUAAAGGAUGAAAAAAUGUUAUAUGAACAUGGGUGCGGAAACCCAUUUUAUUUCUGCCUGGCUUCUUUUCUGAGUAUGUGACGUUACGGCUAAAUGAGGUAGUGACCUUAUUUGCCAGACAACUUAAGGUCACUUUAAAAACAAAUGUAAAUAAACCUACUGAUUAAACGAUUAUCGUCCACAAUGAUUAAUCUUAAAUUGUUUCUUGUGUAAGUAAUAUAGUCAACAGUAUUUUCAACACAACUCCUGAAUAAAGCGUUUCCGCACAUGUUCAUAUAACAUUUUUUCAUCCUUUAGGUGUGAGGGAUAUCUCCCUAAAUUUUGACCCCCCUUUUUUAGAACACCCUGUGUUUUAUAUAUAUAUAUAUAUAUAUAUAGACUAAUUAAUAAUAAUAAAGUAAUAAGUUCUCUUACAGUAACAUGUUUACAAUAUACGGUUGUUUUUUAUUAAA